AUGCUGGGAAUGGAAAAGGAAAUUGAGACAGCCAGAAUGCAAAAUGGAUCCCCUCUCCAGUUUUACAUGGAAAGAAAGACUCCUGUCAAGAUCAGCAAAACAGCCAUGAUCAAAAGUCAAGUGAGAAAAAAUUGCUCCUGCAGCAGAACACGAAUGAAAAAGGCAGCCGUGGACUUCUUCCCUGUGUUGCAGUGGCUUCCCAAAUACAACUGCAAAGAAUAUAUUUGGGGGGACAUUAUGUCUGGCUUGAUUAUUGGGAUCAUUUUAGUACCUCAAGCAAUAGCCUACUCCCUGCUGGCAGGUCUGAAGCCUAUUUAUAGCCUUUACACGUCCUUCUUUGCCAACAUCAUCUAUUUUCUUAUGGGCACCUCCCGACAUGUGUCAGUUGGCAUCUUCAGCUUAUUAAGCUUAAUGGUUGGGCAAGUAGUGGAUAGAGAACUGCUUUUGGCAGGAUUUGACCUCCACGAUGACCGUCAGGAAGCCACUGAUGGCACAGACUAUUUGAAUGUUACGGUGUACAGUGUUACCCUUGGCAUGAUGACCCCUGAAUGUGGGAAAGACUGCUAUGCCAUUAGGGUAGCGACAGCACUGACUUUCUUGGCUGGAGUUUAUCAGGUUCUGAUGGGGAUUUUUCGCUUAGGUUUUGUGUCAAUGUAUCUUUCUGAGCCUGUGCUGGAUGGCUUCGCAACUGGUGCUUCGUUAACCAUUUUAACAGCUCAAGUUAAGUAUCUCAUUGGGGUAAAAAUCCCCCGUGCCCAGGGAUAUGGGAUCUUAAUAACAACCUGGGUGAACAUUUUCCGCAAUAUUGCCCAGGCUAAUCUCUGCGAUGUGAUCACAAGCACUAUCUGCAUUGCCGUGCUGGUCACUGCUAAAGAACUGGGAGACAGAUAUAAGCACAGGCUCAAGAUCCCUCUUCCCACAGAGCUGGUGGUGAUUGUGGUGGCUACCUUGGUUUCCCAUUAUGGGCAGCUGAAUGAUAUCUAUGCCUCCAGUGUGUCAGGUGAAAUCCCCACUGGAUUUAUUCCUCCCCAGGUGCCCAGCUUUAGCCUCAUGCAGAGAGUCGCCCUUGAUGCUUUCCCUCUCGCCAUCGUCGGCUUUGCCUUCACUGUUUCACUCUCAGAAAUGUUUGCCAAGAAGUACGCUUACACUGUCAAGGCCAAUCAGGAAAUGUUUGCCAUUGGCUUCUGUAAUAUCAUCCCGGCUUUCUUCCACUGCUUUGCCACCAGCGCAGCGCUGGCAAAGAGUCUGGUCAAAGCGUCGACAGGGUGCCAGACCCAGCUGUCCAGUGUCGUGAGCGCUGUGGUGGUGCUCUUGGUGCUGCUUUUUUUUGCACCCCUCUUCUUCAACUUGCAGAAGUGCGUCUUGGCAUGCAUUAUCAUUGUCAGCCUGAGGGGAGCCCUUCAGAAAUUUAAAGAUGUUCCCCAGCGCUACCGCCUAGACAGAACAGAUGCUCUGGUGUGGUGUGUUACCAUGCUCUCGUCUGCCCUGAUCAGCACUGAAAUGGGGCUCCUGGUUGGGCUUGUCUUUUCAAUUCUGUGCAUCAUUGGCCGUACUCAGCGCCCUCAUGCUGCCUUACUAGGCCAGAUUGGGAGCACUGUCUUCUAUGAAGACGAUGAGGAAUAUAAAAACCUCCUGCCUGUUCCAAGGGUAAAAAUAUUUCGUUUUGAAGCACCACUUUAUUAUGCAAAUAAGGAUUUUUUCCUCACGUGCCUCCAUGACAGGACAGGACUGGAUCCUGCUGUGGAAAUUGCCAAAAGGAAAAAGGUCAAGAGCAAAAGGCAACAAAGCCUUGAGAAGGGAUUUGGACAGGGAGAUACAACUUCAUGCCUGGUCAAUAAACACAGUGAUUUUCGGGCCAUCAUCAUAGACUGCUCUUCCAUUCCAUUUCUGGACACAGCUGGUGUAAGCACAUUAAAAGACACACGGAAAGACUAUGAGGAACUGAAGAUCCUUAUUCUCCUGGCUUGCUGCAAUCCCUCUGUGAUAGCUUCUCUGGAAAGAGGGGGCUACUUGAGUAGUGCAAACAAAGACAAGCAAGAAUUGCUGUUUCAUAGCAUACACAGUGCUGUCCAGUUUGUGAGAGAGAGGGAAAUUCUAGCAGAUGAUUCUUUUGUAUAG